ACCAUCCAUGUACCGACAUCAACAUUAUAAGCCAUUCUGUGGAAUACCAUGGCAUUAAUUUUACUCUUCCAAGGAUUUCUUUUCGGGGGGAAAACAAGGCGUCAUAGCUCGAUUCCCAUCGGAUCCGCUGCGGCCAGAGCUCACGGUUCUUUCCGGUGCCGGACGAUGGAAACCGCCGCCGCUGACGCUGCCACCGAUCUUCGUUCGGACUUUCUCCAAGUCCUGCGAAGCCGGAGGCGGAACCCCGAUGUUCCCCUCUGCGCUGAGCUUGGGAAACCAGUGAAGAAUCCAGUGUAUCAGUCGAGCAUAUUUCCAGGUUCCAAAGAGGUAAUGGAAGCUUGUCCAAAGGAGAAUGUUGAGAAUUUCAAGGAGAGACUGAUUGAGGAGAACAUUUACCUGACAACAGAGGAAGGUGAGCAAGGUCGUCUUCCUGUAUUGAUUCUGAGCUUGAAGGACACUAUUCCACAAAGAAAGCCAGCUGUUGUGCUUUUACAUAGCUCUUACAAGUGCAAGGAGUGGUUGCAGCCACUACUUGAGGCUUAUGCUUCAAGAGGAUAUGUAGCUGUUGCUAUUGAUUCUCGCUACCAUGGUGAAAGGGCUAACAGCACAACAGCAUACAAAGAUGCUCUGGUUUCAUCAUGGAAGAAUGGUGAUACAAUGCCUUUCAUAUAUGAUACAGUCUGGGACUUAAUAAAAUUGGCAGAUUAUCUGAUACAAAGGAAGGACAUUGAUCCUUCUCGGAUUGGGAUUACUGGUGAAUCACUUGGAGGAAUGCAUGCAUGGUUUGCUGCAGCAGUUGAAACGCGGUACUCUGUGGUUGUCCCUAUAAUUGGGGUUCAGGGGUUCAGAUGGGCUUUAGAUAAUGACAAGUGGCAGGCUCGGGUUGACAGCAUAAAACCUGUCUUCGAAGAAGCAUGUAUUGAUUUAGGCAAGAAUACAAUUGAUAAAGAAGUUGUAAAGAAGGUGUGGGAUAGAAUCGCUCCAGGUUUAUACUUGCAGUUUGAUGCACCUUAUACCAUUCCUGUGAUCGCACCACGUCCCUUGCUAAUGUUAAAUGGUGCUGAAGAUCCUCGCUGCCCUGUUCCUGGUUUAAAAGAACCCCAUGUGAAGGCAACUGAGCUUUACAAACAGGCAAACUGCCCAGAGAAUCUCAAGUUUAUAGCAGAGGCCGGAAUCGGGCACCAAAUGACAGUUUCAAUGGUGAAGGAAGCAAGUAGCUGGUUGGACAAGUUCCUCAAGUGAUUAAGGAAUCAGCUCAGAUGUUGGGGUGAAAAGUUACAGUUCAUCUAAAGCUUCCAAAAGUUUGAGUUUGGAGUAAACUUUCAUUCCCAAGUACAGUGACAAAACCUCAAGACGGCUUGAAAAUAGGAAUUUUGUGUUGGUAGUGUUGUCCAACACUUGCCUUUUUGUUAGUUUCCUAUUGGAAUUUUGUGUUGUGUCUAAUUUGGUUGUGAAUUUUGUGUUGUGUCUAAUUUGGUUGUGCUUGACAACGUUAUUAAGACCACAAAGAACUUGAGUUUUUAGCAUAAUAGCUCGAGAAUUGAGAUAGUUAAAUUUCACUAAAAUAGUUAUUUUUCAGCUGGA